AGGAGAUCUGAGGCCGCUGAGGGAGUCGAGCCGGGCGGUGGAAGAGGGAGGGGCGAUAUGAUGGGCCGCCUGUAGGCAGCGGGGCCGGUCCCGCGAACGAGCCCGUCCGUCGUAUCCACAGGGCAAAGUAGUUCCCGGAGGGUGUUGGAACAGGCGGGGAAGGAGGCGGCGCAGGCGGAGGAGCACGCCGGCCGCGGUGCUGCGGCUCAGCUGAUAAUUGAAGGGACCCGAGGAGCCGCCGCCGCGCCGCCGGGGGGGGUGGGGGGAGUGAGUGGAAGUUUCUGCCGUGCCACCGAGUCCGGACCGGAGACUUUGGGGCCUAACUAGGUACUUUGAUGGACUCAAGUCAAAGCAAGCGACCUACUUGUUUCUUUUCAUCUUCAGUCAAGUUGUUCCUUGCUACUGCCACCCUGAUGUGCACUUUUCGCUCAUUUAAAUCAAGCCAAGCUGCAGUUAAUAGGACCAAGCCUGAAGGGAGUCCAGGCCGAUAAAAAGGAAGAUGAAAGGUAGUGUCUAGAAAGGGUAUGUCCCUUCAAGAGAGAGGUGCCAAUGUCCAACCGGCCUAAUAACAAUCCAGGGGGGUCACUGCGACGUUCACAGAGGAACACUGCCGGGGCCCAACCACAAGACGACUCGAUAGGAGGAAGGUCACAUUUAGGGCAGGCAAAACAUAAGGGAUAUAGCCCUCCUGAGAGUAGAAAAUCUAAUUCUAAGGCACCCAAAGUGCAGUCUAAUACUACUUCUGAACUGUCAAGGGGACACCUUUCUAAAAGAAGCUGCAGUUCAUCAUCUGCUGUCAUAGUUCCACAACCAGAGGAUCCAGACAGAGCCAAUACUUCAGAAAGGCAAAAAACGGUGCAGGUGCCUAAGAAAGACAGUUCUCGAGGAGUGAAACGCAGUGCCAGUCCAGAUUACAACAGGACCAAUUCUCCUAGCUCUGCAAAAAAACCAAAAGCACUUCAGCAUACUGAAUCUCCCUCAGAAACAAAUAAGCCACAUAGUAAAUCAAAGAAGAGACAUUUAGACCAGGAGCAACAACUGAAAUCUGCACAAUCACCAUCAACAAGCAAGGCUCACACCAGAAAGUGUGGGGCCGCUGGUAGUUCACGGAGUCAGAAAAGAAAGAGGACAGAGAGUUCUUGUGUAAAGAGUGGUUCUGGGUCAGAAUCCACUGGUGCUGAAGAGAGAUCUGCAAAACCUACCAAGCUGGCUUCAAAAUCAGCCACCUCAGCCAAAGCUGGGUGUAGCACCAUCACUGAUUCUUCUGCUGCUGCCUCUACUUCCUCCUCGUCAUCUGCUGUAGCCUCGGCCUCCUCCACUGUGCCACCAGGUGCCAGGGUGAAACAAGGAAAAGACCAGAGCAAGGCCAGGCGUUCCCGUUCAGCAUCCAGUCCCAGUCCCAGAAGAAGUAGCAGGGAAAAGGAACAGAGUAAAACUGGUGGCUCUUCAAAAUUUGAUUGGGCUGCUCGUUUCAGCCCUAAAGUUAGCCUUCCUAAAACAAAACUGUCUCUUCCAGGGUCUUCUAAGUCAGAGACAUCAAAACCUGGACCGUCUGGAUUACAAGCCAAAUUAGCAAGUUUAAGAAAGUCUACCAAGAAGCGCAGUGAGUCUCCACCUGCUGAGCUCCCCAGUUUGAGGCGGAGCACACGCCAAAAGACCACGGGCUCCUGUGCUAGUACCAGUCGGCGAGGCUCUGGCCUGGGCAAAAGAGGAGCAGCUGAAGCUCGUCGACAGGAGAAAAUGGCAGACCCUGAAAGCAACCAGGAGACAGUCAAUUCUUCAGCUGCACGGACAGAUGAAGCUCCCCAAGGAGCUGCAGCCUCUAGUUCCGUUGCAGGGGCUGUUGGCAUGACCACCUCUGGGGAGAGUGAAUCAGAUGAUUCCGAGAUGGGACGAUUGCAAGCUUUGUUAGAGGCCAGGGGUCUUCCUCCUCACCUGUUUGGUCCUCUUGGUCCUCGGAUGUCACAGCUUUUCCAUAGAACAAUUGGAAGUGGAGCUAGUUCUAAGGCCCAGCAACUACUGCAAGGACUACAAGCCAGUGAUGAGAGUCAGCAGCUUCAGGCGGUUAUUGAAAUGUGUCAGUUAUUAGUCAUGGGGAAUGAGGAGACACUGGGAGGGUUUCCUGUCAAAAGUGUUGUUCCAGCUUUGAUAACGUUACUGCAGAUGGAGCAUAAUUUCGAUAUUAUGAACCAUGCUUGUCGAGCCUUAACGUACAUGAUGGAAGCCCUUCCUCGAUCAUCUGCUGUUGUAGUAGAUGCUAUUCCUGUCUUUUUAGAAAAGCUGCAAGUUAUUCAGUGUAUUGACGUGGCAGAGCAGGCCUUGACUGCCUUAGAGAUGUUGUCACGGAGGCACAGUAAAGCCAUUCUCCAGGCGGGUGGUUUGGCAGACUGCUUGCUGUAUCUAGAAUUCUUCAGCAUAAAUGCCCAAAGAAAUGCAUUAGCAAUUGCAGCCAAUUGCUGCCAGAGUAUCACCCCAGAUGAAUUUCAUUUUGUGGCGGAUUCCCUCCCGUUGCUUACCCAAAGGCUUACCCAUCAGGACAAAAAGUCAGUAGAAAGCACUUGCCUUUGUUUUGCACGUCUAGUGGACAACUUUCAACAUGAGGAGAAUUUACUUCAACAGGUUGCUUCCAAAGAUCUGCUUACAAACGUUCAACAGCUUUUGGUGGUGACUCCACCAAUUUUAAGUUCUGGGAUGUUUAUAAUGGUGGUUCGUAUGUUUUCUCUGAUGUGUUCCAACUGUCCAACUUUAGCCGUUCAACUUAUGAAGCAAAAUAUUGCAGAAACACUUCACUUCCUACUAUGUGGUGCCUCCAAUGGAAGUUGUCAGGAACAGAUUGACCUUGUUCCACGAAGUCCUCAAGAGCUGUAUGAACUGACAUCUCUGAUUUGCGAACUUAUGCCAUGCUUACCAAAAGAAGGGAUUUUUGCAGUUGAUACCAUGUUGAAGAAGGGAAAUGCUCAGAACACAGAUGGUGCAAUAUGGCAGUGGCGCGAUGACCGGGGCCUCUGGCAUCCCUAUAACAGGAUUGACAGCCGGAUCAUUGAGGUAGCAGCCCAUCAGGUCGGUGAGGAUGAGAUAAGCUUGUCCACUCUGGGACGAGUUUAUACUAUUGAUUUUAAUUCUAUGCAGCAAAUCAAUGAGGACACGGGAACAGCACGUGCCAUUCAGAGAAAACCUAACCCCUUAGCCAAUACUAACACUAGUGGAUAUUCAGAGUUAAAGAAGGAUGAUGCUCGAGCACAGCUUAUGAAAGAGGAUCCAGAACUGGCUAAGUCUUUUAUUAAGACAUUAUUUGGUGUUCUUUAUGAAGUGUAUAGUUCCUCAGCAGGACCUGCGGUCAGACAUAAGUGCCUUAGAGCAAUUCUUAGGAUAAUUUAUUUUGCGGAUGCCGAACUUCUGAAGGAUGUUCUGAAAAAUCAUGCCGUUUCAAGUCACAUUGCUUCCAUGCUAUCAAGCCAAGACCUGAAGAUAGUAGUUGGAGCACUUCAGAUGGCAGAAAUCUUAAUGCAGAAGUUACCUGAUAUUUUUAGUGUUUACUUCAGAAGAGAAGGUGUAAUGCAUCAAGUAAAACAUUUAGCAGAAUCAGAGUCUUUGUUGACAAGUCCACCAAAGGCAUGUACAAAUGGGUCAGGAUCCUUGGGGUCCACAACAUCAGUCAGCAGUGGAACAGCCACGGCUGCCACUAAUGCCACAGCUGACUUGGGAUCACCAAGCUUGCAGCACAGCAGAGAUGAUUCUUUAGAUCUGAGCCCUCAAGGUCGAUUAAGUGAUGUUCUAAAGAGAAAACGUCUGCCAAAACGAGGGCCAAGAAGGCCAAAGUACUCACCUCCAAGAGAUGAUGACAAAGUAGACAAUCAAGCUAAAAGCCCCACCACUACUCAGUCACCUAAAUCUUCUUUCCUGGCAAGCUUGAAUCCAAAAACUUGGGGAAGGUUAAGUGCACAGUCCAACAGCAACAACAUUGAGCCAGCACGAACUGCAGGAGUUAGUGGUCUUGCCAGAGCUGCCUCAAAGGAUACCAUAUCCAAUAAUAGAGAAAAAAUUAAAGGUUGGAUUAAGGAGCAGGCGCAUAAAUUUGUAGAACGUUAUUUCAGUUCUGAGAAUAUGGAUGGCAGCAACCCUGCACUGAAUGUUCUUCAGAGACUUUGUGCUGCAACUGAACAACUCAACCUCCAGGUGGAUGGUGGAGCUGAGUGCCUUGUAGAAAUCCGUAGCAUAGUCUCAGAAUCAGAUGUUUCAUCAUUUGAAAUCCAACAUAGUGGAUUUGUGAAGCAGCUGUUGCUUUAUUUGACAUCUAAAAGUGAAAAGGAUGCUGUGAGCAGAGAAAUCAGAUUAAAGAGAUUCCUUCACGUAUUUUUUUCUUCUCCGCUUCCUGGAGAAGAGCCCAUUGGAAGAGUAGAACCAGUGGGUAAUGCACCUUUGUUGGCAUUAGUUCACAAGAUGAACAACUGCCUCAGCCAGAUGGAACAGUUUCCAGUCAAAGUGCAUGAUUUUCCUAGUGGAAAUGGGACAGGAGGCAGCUUUUCUCUCAACAGAGGAUCACAGGCUUUAAAAUUUUUCAACACACAUCAGUUAAAAUGCCAGUUACAAAGACAUCCAGAUUGUGCAAAUGUGAAGCAGUGGAAAGGUGGACCUGUCAAGAUCGACCCCCUGGCUUUGGUACAAGCUAUUGAGAGAUACCUUGUAGUUAGAGGAUAUGGAAGAGUAAGAGAAGACGAUGAGGACAGCGAUGACGAUGGAUCAGAUGAAGAAAUAGACGAGUCUCUGGCUGCUCAGUUCUUAAAUUCAGGAAAUGUAAGACACAGGCUGCAAUUUUACAUUGGAGAACAUUUGCUACCAUAUAACAUGACUGUGUAUCAGGCGGUGCGGCAGUUCAGUAUACAAGCUGAAGAUGAGAGAGAAUCCACGGAUGAUGAGAGCAAUCCUCUAGGGAGAGCUGGUAUUUGGACAAAGACACAUACAAUAUGGUACAAACCUGUGAGAGAGGAUGAAGAAAGUAAUAAAGACUGUGUUGGUGGUAAAAGAGGAAGAGCUCAAACAGCUCCAACAAAAACUUCUCCUAGAAAUGCAAAAAAACAUGAUGAGUUAUGGCAUGAUGGUGUGUGCCCAUCAGUAUCAAAUCCUUUAGAAGUUUACCUCAUCCCCACACCACCUGAAAAUAUAACCUUUGAAGACCCAUCAUUAGAUGUGAUUCUUCUUUUAAGAGUUUUACAUGCCAUCAGUCGAUACUGGUAUUACUUGUAUGAUAAUGCAAUGUGCAAGGAGAUUAUUCCAACUAGUGAAUUUAUUAACAGUAAGUUGACAGCAAAAGCAAAUAGGCAGCUUCAAGAUCCUUUAGUAAUCAUGACAGGAAACAUCCCAACAUGGCUUACUGAGCUAGGAAAAACCUGCCCAUUUUUCUUUCCUUUUGAUACCCGGCAAAUGCUUUUUUAUGUAACUGCAUUUGAUCGGGACCGAGCAAUGCAAAGAUUACUUGAUACUAACCCAGAAAUCAACCAGUCUGAUUCUCAAGAUAGCAGAGUUGCACCUAGAUUGGAUAGAAAAAAACGUACUGUGAACAGAGAGGAGCUGCUGAAACAAGCCGAGUCUGUGAUGCAGGAUCUUGGCAGCUCACGGGCCAUGUUAGAAAUCCAGUAUGAAAAUGAGGUUGGUACAGGUCUUGGGCCUACACUGGAGUUUUAUGCACUUGUAUCUCAGGAACUACAGAGAGCUGACUUGGGUCUCUGGAGAGGUGAAGAAGUAACUCUUAGCAAUCCAAAAGGAAGCCAGGAGGGGACCAAGUAUAUUCAAAAUCUCCAGGGCCUGUUUGCACUUCCCUUUGGUAGGACAGCUAAGCCAGCUCACAUUGCAAAGGUUAAGAUGAAAUUUCGCUUCUUAGGAAAAUUAAUGGCCAAGGCUAUCAUGGAUUUCAGAUUGGUGGAUCUUCCCCUUGGCUUACCCUUUUAUAAGUGGAUGCUACGGCAGGAAACUUCACUGACAUCGCACGAUUUGUUUGACAUUGACCCAGUUGUAGCCAGAUCAGUGUAUCACCUAGAAGACAUUGUCAGACAGAAGAAAAGACUUGAACAAGAUAAAUCCCAGACCAAAGAGAGUCUACAAUAUGCAUUAGAAACCCUGACGAUAAAUGGCUGCUCAGUUGAAGACCUAGGUUUGGAUUUCACUCUGCCAGGGUUUCCCAACAUCGAACUGAAGAAAGGAGGGAAGGAUAUACCAGUCACUAUCCACAAUUUAGAGGAGUAUCUAAGAUUGGUUAUAUUCUGGGCACUAAAUGAAGGCGUUUCUAGGCAAUUUGAUUCAUUCAGAGAUGGAUUUGAAUCGGUCUUCCCACUCAGUCAUCUUCAGUACUUCUACCCGGAAGAACUUGAUCAGCUCCUGUGUGGCAGUAAAGCAGACACUUGGGAUGCAAAGACAUUGAUGGAAUGCUGCAGGCCUGAUCACGGUUAUACUCAUGACAGUCGGGCUGUGAAGUUCUUGUUUGAGAUUCUUAGUAGUUUUGAUAAUGAGCACCAGAGGUUAUUUCUCCAGUUUGUCACUGGUAGCCCAAGAUUGCCUGUUGGAGGAUUCCGGAGUCUGAAUCCACCCUUGACAAUUGUCCGGAAGACAUUUGAAUCAACAGAAAACCCAGACGACUUCUUACCCUCCGUAAUGACUUGUGUGAACUAUCUUAAGUUGCCGGACUAUUCAAGCCUUGAGAUCAUGCGUGACAAACUGUUGAUAGCAGCGAGAGAAGGACAGCAGUCGUUCCAUCUUUCCUGAUUGCAGCAAGGAGUGCAGUGUCUGCCUGUUACAGCAAAAGAAACAAAUCAUGAUUUCUUUUCUAAAUGUAUCACCUGAGUCAAGGAAACAUGUUUCGCCUUCUUGUUGUAGGAAAAACAGCUUGCAGAUUAUAAGAGACACUUGGUUGAUAUUCAUUAAUGGCCCCAUGGACUUAAAGUGAUCAGGCCCUAAAACGUUGUUGUGAUGAGGUUUCUUUGGCAAGUUCUUGUUUAAAUUAUCAUUUAUUUGAUGAGUGAAGUUUUUAACUUGCUUUGCUGUGUGAAAUUUAAAAAAAGGGAUGUUUUUCCAGGCUGGAACAAUAAAUGUCGCUGUGCAGUUUAA